UCAGGAGAGUUUAAAGACUCUGGGAACUAUAACUGUUAAUAUUGAACAAGAAAACGACAAUCCAGUGGCUAAUGUAAUCUAUGAAGGGGUGUACAAGGUUCCUGUGCCAUAUCAUGGUGUAGAUGUAACAGUUGAGCAGUAUGUACGUCAGGACAUUCACACAAGUCUAAAUUUCCUUCUCGGUGUCUACGACUACGAUGUGCUCGACGAUAUUGCAUUAAACGUCCGAAAUUCAUCUAAUGGAACGACGAUGUUAACUGGCCCAAUUACGAAUUUCACUUUUAGCCUACAAAAUUGUAGUGAUGCAGAAACCCAUCAGCAAAAAAGGAAGCAAAAAUGGGUAAAAUUGUUCAACAAUUUUGAUGGAAUCAUACCUUAUCCAUGCCUCUUUCCGAACCUGUCAUUACCCAUUGACCAUAUAGCAUGGUUAUUCUACUUGGUAGAAUACACUCCAAAUAAAGAUUUCGUUGGAGUAGACCGUAUUCAAGUCAUUGCCAGUGAUCAGGAUGAAGCUAUGUCUGAUCCGUUGGACAUUAACAUAUAUGUGCUGGAGAACAAAUGCCAGAACAAUGCAGUAUGUAAUGGGGAGGCAGUGAAUGAUACGGAUUGCUCCAGUACUAAUAGAAGUAGAGGGUUCGAGGGAUACAAAUGUGAUUGUCAACUAGGUUAUUCUGGAGAUUACUGUGAACAGAAUAUUGAUGAGUGUCUCUCAUCACCUUGUCGACCUGACUACACGUGUGUUGAUAAGAUAAAUAGUUUCGUUUGUGAAUGCGAUCCACGUUCGCCAUGUGCUGGCUAUCCUUGGUGGGCCUGGUUAAUUGUCGGUCUUGGUUCCUCGAUAUUGAUCUUAAUCAUAGUUGUAAUCAUUUGCAAAUGUAAAAAGAAGACAAAGACGGGGAAAACGGAACCCCAAAGUAGCACUAACCAAGGUUUUGAAAUGCCCGGCCACCCUGGCGCCAUGCAUAUGACGACCAUGUCGCCGAGGUGGCCAAAUGGACAAGGUGUCUGGACUAUGGCCUAAUAAAACGGACGGUGCUCGACCAAUGCCCAACCGUAGUAAUCUUAGUGCUUUAAGACUAGGCAAGAAUGAACCAAACGAAGCAACCAAUCCUGGUCGAAAUGGUGACCAAUGGCAAAACGAAUCGAACGAUUUACCUCAGGAUUACCAACUGCCGGGAAGUAUGGAGAGUAGAUGGUGAACUUGGACCUGAGCAACGCCAUAAGAUUAUACCGAACUGCUGGAUAAAUGAUAAUUAUAACAUUGACAAGUAAUUCACUGAAAAGACUGUGGACUGUCGUAAACUAUGAAUAAAUACAUACGCUGGCUUGAUAAAGUUAGGGCAUAUAGUGCAUUACUUCUGGGACAACCCUCGUAUGCACGUUAUCUGUAACUGAAUGUGCACAUUGCUUUAUAUAUGUGUUGUCAGACGAUUAAAGUAAAUAAGUCAAAAGUGAUUCAAUUCAAAUAGAUGUUUGAUUUACAUAUGA